AUGCGUUUCCUCACUACCAAACUCCCGCUCAUCCUCGCUGCCUCAGCUUCCCUCGUCGCUGCCCAGGAUGCCACCACCACCGCAACCGCCACGAGUACGAAGUGUGCUGCCCAGAAAGUCGUCGACCAAUGCAUAUUGACCAUGAAGUUCACACUGGAAAACUGCGACUCCAGCGACUGGGAUUGUAAAUGCCAAGGAAGUACAAAUAUCGUCAACUGCUACAACAACUGCCCCGACGACCAAGAGCGUCUAGGCGCUCAACAAAUCCGCGAGCAAAACUGCAUCGCCGCAAAAGCCUACGGCACGCAAACUACAACGGCUGGCAUAGCUACACCAUCUGCAUCUGUAUCUAUGUCUUCGGCAUCUAUGUUGACAUCUACAAGUAUGAUGGCUGAACCGACGGGGUCUAGGAGUGGUCUUGAGAGCAAUACUAAGGAUAGCAAGGUGACGAAGUCGUUGACCGGACUUGAGGCAACAGCUACGCCUAAUGAGGGUGCGGCGACGGCGAGGGUGAAGGUUGUUGGCAGCUGGUUGGCGUUUUUGGGGCUAGGGUUGGGAGUUUUUGUUUAG